AUGGUACAAGGUGACACGGAGGUUAGUAUAAUCACGACUACUCCCAUCACUGGAUUCAGUUCGUCCGUCGUUGACAAGUUUACACAGCUGACCGAUAACGGAACGGGCGUCAACGCCUGUAUCGGACACGUCCAGGGAAACUCCACACUCGGCAUCCCCGAUAUUUGCAUGGGCGACGGUCCCGCUGGCGUCGGCAACUCCCUGGACAACGUAACCGCUUUCCCGGCUCCGGUGAUGGCAGCCAGCUCCUGGAAUACGUCCUUGCAGUAUGAAUAUGGCCAGGCACUUGCCCAGGAGCAUCUGGGAAAAGGUCGUAACAUCGUCCUUGCGCCAACCAUCAACAUCCUUCGUUCUCCCCUUUGGGCUCGCGCCGCUGAGACUCUAUCUGAGGAUCCAUGGCUGACCGCACGCAUGGCGGUUGCGGGUACAAUGGGAAUACAGAGUCAAGGAGCAUUGGCAUGUCCGAAGCAUCUCGCGGCAUACAACCAGGACACCAAUAGGUUCGGUAUCGGUCCUGAGUGGAUAACGGUGAAUCCCGUUGUCGACAAGAGAACGAUGCAUGAGCUCUAUCUGCCAGCGUUCAAAGCAAGCGUACAAGAGGCGGAUGCAGCGAGCGUCAUGUGCUCUUAUAACCGACUCAACGGCUCCUUCACCUGCGAGAACGAUUGGCUGCUCAACACCACUCUGCGGCAGGACUGGGGCUUCAAAGGCUUCGUGGUCGCGGACUGGUACUUUUCUACUAGAAGUACCGUCAAGGCCGUCAUGGCAGGGCUGGACAUCUCCAUGCCGGGUGGGGACCUGACGAACAGCUACGGAUUCCCAGCGUACUACGGCGACCUUCUUGCUGAAGCCAUCAAUAAUGGAUCAAUCCCGCGGGGGCGUCUCGAUGAUAUGGUCGAGAGAGUCUGGCGCUACAUGUUCAAGCUAGGACAAGUUGACAAUCCGGUGGAAGGCGACUCCACAGCUCAUGUGCGCACCCAAGAACACCUGGAUCUGGCGCAGCGGAUGGUUGAAGACGGUGCGGUACUGCUCAAGAAUGCCCAGGACACGCUCCCUAUUUCCUCUGAGAAGUACUCCAAGAUUGCAGUUUUUGGAAUUGGGGCGACCGCCGAGAACCAAGUCUCAGAGAACCAUGGCGGCUUUGUUAUCGACUCCACUAUGGUUGUUCAAGCACCCCUUGACGCCCUCCAGCGCCGUGGAAGCAUCGAAAACAUCUCAGUCGAAUACGCAGAGACAUAUCCCGGCACCGGACAGUUCCCCACAGCUCCCUCACGUAUGUUCCGGGACGGCGGCGUGAACGUAACGUACUACGAGACCACCGACUUCUCUGGCCCUGUCAUCAAAACAGACUUCGUUCCCAACAUCACAAUCGCCACCUAUCCUUCUGCGCUGUGGAAAUCGUACCCGGAUGUCUUCUCGGCUAUUUAUGAGGCAACCUUUCUCCCAAACACGACUGGCAUGUACCAUUUCUCUAUGUAUGGUCAGGGUACCGCACUCUUGUAUCUGGACGAUGUCCUUUUGGCCAACAUGUCAUUCGCGAACUUUGGUAACUACGUCCAGGGCAAUGCAUACCUCAAAUACGGAUCCGAACACAAACUCGUGAUCAAAUACGAUAUGGGUUACUCGCUGUCCACCGGCGGAUACGGUGUCACCCUCGGCGUAGACGUCGGCAACGAAACUCGAGACUCCGUGGCCGAGGAGCUCGCUGGGUGGGCAGACCUGAGCAUCAUUUUCGCUUCUGAUCGGCUUUCGGAAGGCGCCGACAAUGGAAUGGGACUCUCUUUGCCUGGCGAUCAAAAUGCGCUCAUCAGCCGACUGGCCGGCCUUUCCAAAAGAACGGUGGUCAUUCUCAACACGAACUCAGCGGUUCUCAUGCCCUGGAUCAAGGAUGUGGAUGGCGUAAUGGAGAUCUGGUAUCCGGGUCAACAGGUCGGUCUGGCGCUCGAGCGCCUCCUUUUCGGUGACGUCAGCCCGAGCGGAAAACUGCCUUUGACGUUUCCGAAAAGUCUGAAGGACACGAUACAGAUCAACACAGACAUCGACGUGCCAUACUCGGAAGGUCUAUACGUGGGGUACAAGGCUUAUGACCAAAGCGGCGCAAAGCCUUUGUUCUCGUUCGGGCAUGGGUUGACGUAUUCCACGUUCAACUUGGAAGACUUGGAAGUCUCGUUGACCAAGGACUCUUUCGUUGCCAGGGCAACACUAAGAAAUGAAGGAGCGCGAAGCGCAAAACAGGUUGUCCAGCUCUAUGUCGGGUAUCCUGAUGCUGCCAAAGAGCCGCCGAAGCUGUUGAGGGCGUUUGUGAAGACUGAAGUUGAGGCUGGCGGUGCGGAGAUUGUUGAGUUGGUCGUCAAAUUUGAGGAUCUGAAGAUAUGGGAUGACGACACUGACGAAUGGAGAUUGGUGGGCGGCCAAUAUGAGAUCCUCUUGGGAUUCUCAGCAUCUGAUAUCCGGUUACAGCAGACUUUGGACAUAUAG